UUUCACUUUCAUUAGAAUGAAAAUCCUUUGCGUAAUCUGUCAAGACCAGUUGUCAUCACCCGACGACAUCUUUUUCACUCGUUGCGGACAUGUAUUUCAUCACCGUUGCUUGUUACAGUGGCUUGAAAGAUCGGAGACCUGUCCGCAAUGUCGUAACAGAGUGAUAAUAGAGAAAAUUCAUAAGGCUCAUUUUACGGUUUCAAAUACCGAUAUCUCAGCGGAUAAUGUGGAUAAUUCAACUCUGCAAGGAAGGAUAGAUAGUUUGCAGUUUCAAAUUUUACUGAAUGAAAAGAAUAUCAAGUAUUACACUUCGAAAAAUACAGUUCUGGAGAAACAGAAUGCUGGUCUUAGACAGGAAGUGCGAAAAGUGGAAAGCGAAAUGAGGCAGAAAAACUCGACUAUCUAUGCUUUAAAAGAAAAGAUAAACUCUUUUCAGAAGAACUAUCAAGAAUGUGAUGUUCUCAAAAGGAAGCUGUCUCAGAAAGAAAGAGAGGUGGAGCAAUUCCGAGACAUGUAUAAAACACUGUCAACGAGUACACUUGAGGAUGUACAGGGAAUGAUUGGAAAAAUAACUGAUCGUAAUACUUUGAUUAAUUAUAUUUCUAUGAUGAAAAAGAUAAUGUUAAAGAAAACGAAAAAAAUAGAUAAUCUUGAAAAUCAACUUACGAGGCAUCAGCAGUCCUUAGACAAAGAUUUGCGUUUUUUCGCAUUAUGCGAAAGUGAAAAUUUAGCCCUACGACAUCGAGUUAAUGAACUAGAAAAACUGCUUACAUCCGAUCAAAACUGUAUUUCCAGAUCUAGUAAACAAAAAUGCUCCAAUUCUUUGAUUACGAUGCAAACGGCAAAUAUUUAUAAUCAGCAAAAAAACAUAAAACAGGAAACUGCAGGUCAAAAUAAUUCAUCGACUUCAGAGGCAGAAAUUGAAAUUAUUCAAACAAACCAGGAAAACUCUAUACUUAAUUCUACACUCGACGAAUGUCCAACUGUUACAAAAAAAGCAAGACUAGAUUUACAAUCAGAUAACAAUAGCAAGAAGAUAAAUGAUGUGAAUAAGGACAAUAUUAAAAAUACCGCAGGGAUAAGUUCACAAUCAAAUGUUAAAACUUCAUUUAAAAAAAAAAACUAAAAAAUCUUUCGUGAUACUAUAAAUUAAGCGUUUGUACAAAAAGUAAUUUAAUAUUAAAUUUAUUUAUACUACAGUUUUUAUGUUAAUUGCUGCAUUUUUUUAAAUUAGAAACAGAAAAUAGAAUUCUACUGAAACAGCUAUAUUUCUGGAGCUAUAUUUCUUUAUAAUGGAAUCUCUUCCUUAAUUUAUUCUUUUUAUUCUUUUUUAUCUAUAACCCCACUACAUAAUUAGUUUUGCACCUGGUGAUAUAUUAAGUCCUUGCGUUUUUCAUUCGUUUUCUUACUCUGUAACAUUGUAUGGACAUAUGGUGAGAAAAACAGAAUUUUAAUUUAAAGAAGGAGGUUUCCAGAGUAGUGGCGGCAAAUAUAAAUAAUAAAGAUUUACUAAUUUAUUGA